AUGAGCGACAACAAGAGUAACGCUAAAGGGAAAGAAGAUACUUCAUACCUUGGAACAGCGUUAGCCGUCAUAGGUGUCAUCGGAGCUAUCGCCGGAUUAUUCUCCGGCGCGGAUAGGAAGACAAUGAAGGCUCCCGGUAAGGAUGGUCGAAUCUUCAGGGAUGCUUUCGAAAGCGACCCGAAAAAUUCUCUCGCAAACAUCGCUGGUACAGUUGUAAACUACGUCGGUACUGCAAGACCCAUCGUCAAUACUGCAAUUGAUGUCUUCAACGUGGUUAAAGCCGUCGUUAUAGCCGAGACCAAAUCUCUCUCGGUAAUAACUAAUAAGACGAUGAAGGAUCCAAAUUUUGAAUGA